CAGCUCGCUCCGCGAACCCUAGUGGCGGAUGCGGGAUACAAAAUUCGGUUUCCCUCCAGUGCCGCCGCCCUCCACCGCCACCGCGUCGCAGAAGAACCCCAAGCGGAGGAGAGAGGAGGAGGAGACCACCGGGGCGGAGGGGGAGGGGGAGAUGAGGGAGGAUGCGGUGGAGCGGCUGCGCGGGGUGGUGCGGGACAGCGUCGGGAAGCACCUGUACGCGUCCGCCAUCUUCCUCGCCGACAAGGUGGCCGCGGCCACGGGGGACCCCGCCGACGUCUACAUGCUCGCGCAGGCGCUCUUCCUCGGCCGCCACUUCCGCCGCGCGCUCCACAUCCUCAACUCCUCGAAGCUCCUCCGCGACCUCCGCUUCCGCUUCCUCGCCGCCAAGUGCCUCGAAGAGUUGAAAGAAUGGCAUCAGUGUUUGAUCAUACUUGGAGAUGCAAAAAUAGAUGAGCAUGGAAAUGUUGUUGAUCAGGAUGAUGGCAGUGACAUUUAUUUUGAUAAGGAUGCUGAAGAUCAUGAGAUCAAUAUCAAGGCGGCAAUAUGUUUUUUACGUGGCAAGGCAUACGAAGCACUGGACAACUGUGACCUUGCUCGACAAUGGUACAAAGCAGCAGUUAAGGCUGAUCCAUUGUGUUACGAGGCACUUGAAUGCCUUGUAGACAACUACAUGUUGACAUGCGAGGAAGAAUCUGAGCUGUUGUCCUCUCUAAAAUUUGGAAAAGAAGAUGGGUGGCUCUCAGCAUUCUACUCAUGUUUGAUAAGGAAGCAUGAAAAGGAAUAUAUAGUGGAAGCAAAAUUCAAGGAAUUUGAACGAGAAUCUUGUAGUAUUUCAUCUUUGAGUUCAGGACAGACACUGAAAAAUAAUAUUGAUGUUUUGGCUUGCAAAGCUGAAUACUACCAUCAGAGUGGGGAGUACCAAAAAUGUUUUGAACUCACAUCCGCGUUACUUGAAAGGGAUCCUUUUCAUUUGAAAUGCACAUUAGUUCAUUUGGCAGCUGCGAUGGAGCUUGGCCAUUCAAAUGACCUUUAUAUUUUGGCAUGCAAUCUAGUAAAGGACUAUCCUCAGAAAGCUCUUUCCUGGUUUGCUGUUGGGUGUUAUUAUUACUGUAUUAAGAAGUAUGAUCAAGCACGCAGAUACUUUGGCAAAGCUACAGGGUUAGAUGGGACAUUUCCUCCUGCUUGGAUUGGUACUGGUAUUGCUUAUGCUGCCCAGGAGGAGGGUGAUCAGGCAAUGGCUGCAUUUCGGACAGCUGCUCGGCUAUUUCCUGGAUGUCAUCUGCCAACUUUAUACAUGGGCAUGCAAUAUUUGCGAAUGCACAAUUUCAAACUUGCAGAGCAGUUCUUCAUGCAAGCAAAAUCUAUCUGCCCAUCUGAUCCACUUAUAUAUAACGAGUUGGGGGUUGUAACUUAUAAUAUGAAAGAGUAUCAAAAGGCAGUUCAGUGGUUUGAGCUAACACUGGAGCAUACUUCAUCCUCCUUGAAUGAAAUGUGGGAACCAACAUUGGUGAAUCUUGGGCAUGCAUUGCGGAAACUCAAGAAAUAUCAGAAAGCAAUAUCAUAUUAUGAAAAGGCACUCACCUUUCAAACCAAAAGUUUGAGUGCAUUUGCUGGUCUUGCUUACACUUACCACCUUAUGGAUAAAUUCGAGGCUGCGAUAACUUACUACCACAAGGCUUUAUGGUUGAAACCGGACGACCAAUUCUGCACAGACAUGCUAACAUUAGCCCUAGAGUCCAGCUGCCAAAGCACUGCACGGAUAAGAUAGCUUGUGCAAACGUGCAGUCACUGUUCGUAAACUGAAACAGGUGAUGUUGUAUCUUAGGGAUGUUGUAUCAAUUCUAAUCAUCUCUAGCCAGUCAUAUGUAAAGUUAGUGUGUAAUAUAUAAUUCUCAAGUUCAUUCAUUACCCCAUAUUGGUUCUGGUGCAUUGUCAAGAUUUUGUUACCCUGUAUCAUUUAUACAAUAUUUUUUACCCUGUAUUGAUGUAAAUACUACCCAUUCAUUGUUAU